AUGGCAAAGAAGUUGGAUAUGAUUAAAGAUAUUGAUGGCAGGAGGGAGACCCUGAAACUUGGUGUGAGAGUGCUUGAUUUGUGGUAUAUUCAUAACCGCGAAUCCAAUGUGCACCUUGAAAUGAUUUUGAUUGACCAAAUGGGGGACAAGAUACAUUGCAUAGUUAAGAAGGACGAAUUUGAUAUCUGGGAUGGUAAGUUGAAGGAAGGCGAUACAUAUAUCAUGCACAAUUUCAAAAUUGUGAAAAAUGAUGGUCAGUAUAGAGUGUGUGACCAUCCUUUUAAAUUGUUGUUUAUCGGAGCCACCUCUGUUCGUCCCCAACCCAUUGCAAAUAUACCCAAUAGUGUUUACCAGUUUCGGAGCAUAAAAGAGGUAGUGGCCAGUAAUUUCUCUCCAGAUUUGUUGAUUGAUUUGAUCGGUUGGGUAGAUAACGUCAAAGCUAAGGCACAAUCUAAAAACGUUGUUUUUAGUUUGAUGGAUCUGAGUGGUGGAGUAGUUUCUUGUACGUUAUGGGAUGAAUAUUGCAAAAAAUUUUUAGAAAGGUAUAAUGACAAUCCAAAUUCUAACAAGUUGGUUCUCAUUCUUACUCAAGCCAAAGUUAAAGCAGCUACAGGGGAAUGGCCAGUGUCUGUGUCCAAUACAUGGAAUGGGACAAAAUUACUUAUGGAUGAUGCUAUUCCCGAAAUUACACAAUUCAAACAACGAAUGUCUGCUGAUGACUUAACAAUUAUGAGUCAAUCUGGAAGUCAAUUGACUCAGUCCUCCCAAUACAGUGAUGCUGAAAGGUUUGUUUAUAAAUGUUUGGUGAAGAGCGUAUCUGAAAUUCCAUUGAUUAAAAAGGAAAUGAUAUGUGUAACUGUGGCCACAACCACUAAGUUUAGUCUUGAUAACGAUGGGUGGUACUACUUGGUUUGUAAUCAUUGCAACAAAAGAACUAAUGAAACUGGUCCUUUCAAAUGCACCUAUUGUGAUCAAGACAACAACAUGCCGACGUUGAAGUAUAAACUUCAGUUGCAAGUUUGUGAUGAUGCGUUUAAUUAUGCCAACUUCGUGGUGUGGGAUCAAAAAUGUAGAAACAUUAUUGGUAUUUCCGCUGAAGAAUUGCAAAAGAAAAUGAUCAAGGUGGGCGAAGAUGAUCCUAAGUGCUUUCCCGAUGAGUUGGAUGUAAUGUUAGGUUGUACUCUCGCUUUCAAACUUCGAACCCAACCAAGGAACAAAUUUGCGUCUGUCAUUAAAGUGUCUGACUUACCUGAAAUAAUCAAUUACAUUAAGAAGCUUAUACAACCCCUUGGUGAGUGCAGUCAUAAGAACAUAAUUGAUCUAGGAGGUGAUACUUCCACUGGAAUGAUUGUUGAUUUUCGUUCAAAAGGAGUUUGUAAUUUAGCAGCAAACAGUGAUCAUGACUUGAUGAGUUUGAGUGGAACAGCUGACAAUGAUCCUGAUAAUUCAUCUUUGGGUACUCCAUCAAAGAGAAUCGUUCCAAAUAGUGGUGUAUCUGUACAAUCGUCUGAAGACAUAGAGUCUGGUGAACUAUCAGCUACCAAGCCCAUGAAGACUAUCAAGCAAGAGAUCGACUGA